GAAGCGGCCCUCAGCAAUCCUAUGGCACAGAAUCCUAUGGACCUAGGGCCGCAGAUUAAAUGUGAAUGGACAUUACUGUUUGCAAUGACACCACAGAAGGUCAUUCUGUCUCAUCGAGGAUACCAAACAAAUGUUUCUCAGAACUCUAGAAAUAAGCCAUCUGUGAAAUCUAAGAAAGGUCUUAUACCCACAACAAAUAAAAGAGCAUUAGAUGGCAAAGAAGUCAUACAUAUAGUGGAGUAUGAUGAUAAAAUCCGAGAACUGCUUGUACCCAGCCAAGAGCCCACUGUUUAUCCUGCUCUGCUGGAUACUGCUGAAUUCAAUAAACUUAAACAGCAAGCCACGGUUAUUACAGCACAGGAUAGAUUAAAUAUGCUGGAGGAAGCUGACAAGAAAAAGAAUAAGCUAAUAGAAGAAUGUAUGGCUCGAAAGGAUGAAAUGCAGAAAUUGUCUCAAAAGCAUUUACAUGGUCAAAAAUAUUCUCUACUAGAAUCAGAUGCUCAUCAGCAGGCAACUUACAUUCUCCGCAGAGCAUUUGAGAUUAAACAGGAACAAGAGGAUGAAGUGAAAAGAGCAAACCACCUUAUCAUGAGUACUAAGUGUCAUGCAAUACGCGAUGCACAGAUUGCUGAGAAGAAACAAAUAGAAAAGGACCUCAAAGAUGAAGAAUGUCGUCUUGAUGAAAUGAUGGAGAAUGAAAGAAGACGUGCAUUGCGUGAUGAAGAACAGCGUGAGGAAAAAGAGAAAGUGAAGAAGGAUCUUUAUGCGAAGCAGAUUCAGGAGCAGAUAAAAGUGAGUGAGAUAGAACGAAUCUUAGAACUGGAACGUAAGGAAGAGGAAAGUCGGCACAUCCUUGAGGUUCAAAAGCAGAUUCAGCUGGAUGAGCUAGAAGACUACAACAGAAAGCGUGCUCAACAAAAACAGAUGCAAUGUGAACUUAAUGAAAUCAAUCGUCAGAUUGAACGUUUUCAUGAAAUGGAACUGGAGGAAGCCCAUAUUAAUAAUUUGAGGAUUCAAGCAUACAUGCAGCAGAAGGCAGAGAGAGAAGAAGCUCGAGAGAAAGCAUUGAAAGCUCAGAGAAUGGCAAAGGAACGGGAAAUAGCUCGACUCAGGGCUCUACAACAACACCAACAAGACUUGCAGGCAGAGAUGGAUGAAAUCCAUUCCCUGAGAAUCCAAGAAGAAGUUGAGCGUGAGUUCAGAAAUAAGGAGAGGGCAGCAAUGCGCAAGAAGAAAGAUGAUGAUAUUGCUAUGAAAAAAGCUCGAGAAGAACAGAUACUUGACCGGAGACGCAUGGAAGCACUGGAGAUUGCUCGUGAAAAACAGGCAUUUGAAGAAGUCUUGAAGGUUCAGAAAAAGGCAGCUGAGAAACAGAAACUAGAUGAUCACAGAAAACAGUGUAUAUUAAAGCAGUAUCAUUCUGAUAUCAUGAAGCAGAUAAAUGAGAAGGAACAUGAAAGAAUCAAAGAAAAGCAGAGCAAGUAUGAAGAAGGACUUGCACUUAAAAUGGAAGAAGUGAGAAGAGAGAGAUAUAUUAAAGAGGCGAUGAAGAAGAAGGUUGAAGAAUUAAGGGCCCACAAAGUACCAGAGGUUUAUGUUAAGGAUAUUGAGAGGCAACUGAAGUUGGGAUAAAACUGAAGUGGUGUCUUCAAAGGAACCUGAUGCUCCCAACUUCAGGAAGAAGGGACUCUUCUCCCCUGAAAAUGAAGGCGGAAAAUUCGUCUAAAACAUUCAUAAAUAUCUAACAGACUCAUGGCAUCAUCCAGAGUAACGAAGUUCUGCUGUAUUUCAUCUGAACACAGUAAUAUAUAGAUAUAUGUGUACAGGAAUUUUUACAGCUAAAGAAUAUUUUCAGUUACCUUAUAUAUUUUCCAGAUGAGACAUUAGAAUGAAUAAAUAAAAAUAUAAAUAAAAAUACUAAAUAAACAUGUAGCUAUACUUCAAUAAUAUGCAACAUAAAAUUUUGAAAUAUCAUUCAGUACUGAAUUCACAAUAAUUAUAAGUAAAAUAUUAAUUUAUGCAUUAUUAUUUCAUUUGUAUGUGCAAUAAAAUAGAGCCCCAGAUAUAAUUUCAUGCUGAGAUCACUUAACUGUUACAAGUUCCUUGUCCCACAAAUAGUAAAGAAAACUCACAUACAGCAACAAAAAAUGGGAUUUCCUAACAUAUGCUAAGUUUCAUUAAAUCUUGAUGCUAUACUCUACAUCAGGAUUCACAAAGAAAAUCCAAGAUGAAAUCUCCAUGAAAGAAAAAAUAACAAUUAUUCAUUGUUCAGUUUCCUUAAAAAUCAAAUUUUUGUUCUAAAAUCACAGAAUGUCUAUUUUAACUAACAAACCCAUGAAAUUCAACUACUGAAACAUAAUUCCUUAUUAUAGUCUUGCAAUGUUUGUGCUUAAAAUGCAGAUAUUCCUCUAGAGAAUUAACACAGAAACCUGCCAAUAAAGUUUUAUCUUUCUCCUCAUGUACUCAAAUUUGAAUAUGACGUUAUUCAAAGCUUUGGUGCAAUGCCCUGAUGUCCCUAAAACUUUUUGGUAACACCAAUUCUUUAGAUGUUGAAUCGUGACAAGUCUUAAAUUACGAUAUGAUCAGAGUCUGGAUGUUAUGCAGACAUUAUACCCUAUACUGGAUCUUGAGAAGACUCACAAUUUACAUAUCCCAUUUUUAUGCAUUUAAAAAAUGACAGUGAAACUACCAUUUUAAAAAGUAACUUAUUCUGCCAUACUAGAGGUUAUUUGCAAAUUACUCAUAAACAGUAGUUUUAACUGUGUAAAAGGGCCUCUAUAAAGAAUAAUACUGAAACUGACACUCAGCAGAUACAACAGCACUGAAGGUUAUGUCCAUAUUAAUUUGCUGAAUUAUACACUCCCAAGUUCUGACCAAAAGAAG